AUUGAUGGUGGAAACAACAGCGUUGUUUUAAGUCAGUGCUCCGGGUGAUUCUAAGUGAGGCCACAGUUAAGUAGAAAGGCUUCCUUUUAAUUUCUGAGAAUUGAGAGCAGGCUUCGCCUUAGGAGGGGUAAUGGUCUCCACUACCCGAGUCAGGAGGGUUAGGGCCACAGCACACGGGGCCUAGGCUGUAGCUGAAUCUGUGAGCAUCUGGGGGAGGGGAGGGCCCUGGAAGCAGAGAAGGAAAAAUCAGUUCCUGAUUUCCAACUGGGAGUUCACAGCUUCUCAACAGCUCCACACCCAAAGGACUAGGAAGUUGGGCUUUUUGUGCAUUUCAAAGUCCUGCCUGCAGGGGAGCAGUUUAUAGGUGGAGAGACUUGGCUGCCUUUAAAGGUGUGUUCUCCUGAUGCAGCUGGGACUCCUCCACGGAGAUCUUGUGAGAGAGCUCGCUAGAGGCCGAGGUGGACGGAGCAGAGAUGGCGGGGUCUCAGAGACUGCUGACAUUCAGGGAUGUGGCCAUAGAAUUCUCUCAGGAGGAGUGGACAUGCCUGAACCACACUCAGCGGAAACUCUACAGGGAUGUGAUGUUAGAGAACUACGGACACCUCCUCUUCUUGGGUCUCAUUGUGUCAAAGCCAGACCUGGUCUCCUUUUUGGAGCAAAAGACAGAGACUUGGAGUGUGAAGAGAAAGAAGAGAGUAACCAUCCAUCCAGCCGUAUCUUCUCGUGACACCCAGAGCUUGCUGUCAAAACCAAGCAUCGAAGCUUCUUUCCAAAGAGUGUCAAUGGGUAGAUUAAAAAAUAAUACCAUUGAGAAUUUACACUUCAUGACAGACUGGGACAAUGAUGGAGAGAGUCAAGGGCAUCAAAGGCAUCAUGAAGGACACAACCAAACUGAGACUUCUGCCCAUAAUAAGAAUCUCCCUGCCCAAAAUGGUGAAGGAUAUAGAACAUUAUCUGUAACCUCCCUUUUUAAGUCUGCUAUUUCCACAAAGCAGUGUGUUUCUGAAAACAAAAACUCAAAUCAAAUGUUCAAACUUACAUAUUUAGGGAACGACAAUAGUUUGGAAAAUCUGGGAAGUUACCUAGUCCAUGCUGAAAAUAAUUAUUUGAACCCUUGUGAAAAAAGAAUUGGAUUGACUAUUCAGUCAAAUAUUUCUACAAAUCAGAGAUUUAAAAAUGAAGAACAAAGUGCUAAACAGGAUCCAUUUGAGAGGUGUUUCACUAAGGAGUCGACCCUACAAAAUUACCAGAGCCUUUUCAAUGGAGACAGAGUUGCUCAAUGCAGUGAAUCUGAGAAAACAUUUAACCAGGGCUCCAAUGUUAGUCCAUGUGUGAGGACUCAGCUUCUAGGGAACCAUCAUGAGGGUAGUAAAUGUGGGGAAGUCUUUUAUCAAAACUCUAACCUUAGUACACAAAGUAGUAUGAAUACAGGAGAGAAUCCUCAUAAUGAAUGUGUGAGUGCUCUUAGCCAGUCCUCCAAUGUUGAUGAUCAACAGAGAAUUUAUGUGGGAAAAAAACCAUUCAGGUGUAAUCAACCUGGGAACAUGUUUUGUCAAGCAUCAAGGCUAAAUAUACAUAAGACAGGCCAUAGUGGAGAGAAAAGUGACAUUUGUAAGGAAUGUGGCAAAGAUUUUGACUUGGACUCAGGACUACCUCAACGUCACGGUACACGUACUGGAGAGAAACCGUACAAAUGUGAAGAAUGUGGUAAAACCUUUAAAGUCUGCUUAACCCUAAAUAGACAUAGGCGCAUCCAUACUGGAGACAAACUUUACAAAUGUGAAGAAUGUGGCAAGGCCUUUACACAGCACUCAACCCUUACUCAACAUCACACAAUUCAUACUGGUGAGAAACCUCACAAAUGUGAGGAAUGUGGCAAGACCUUUACAAGGCGUUCAUAUCUUACUCAACAUCACAGAAUUCACACUGGAGAGAAACCUUACAAAUGUAAAGAAUGUGGCAGGGCCUUUAACACUCGUUCAGUUCUUAUUCUACAUCAUAGAAUUCAUACUGGAGAGAAACCUUACAAAUGUAAAACAUGUAGCAAAGCCUUUAACCAGCGCUCACUCCUUUCUAAACAUUUGAGAAUUCAUAUUACAGGAGAACGUUACAAAUGUAAAGAAUGUGGCACGGCCUUUACACAGCACUGGAGCCUUAUUCAACAUCACAGAAUGCAUACUGGCGGAAAACCUCACAAAUGUGCGGAAUGUGGCAAGACCUUUACUAGGCAUUCAUAUCUUACUCAACAUCACAGAAUUCACACUGGAGAGAAACCUUACAAAUGUAAAGAAUGUGGCAAUGCCUUUUACACUCAUUCAUGUCUUAUUCAACAUCACAGAAUUCAUACUGGAGAGAAACCUUACAAAUGUAAGGAAUGUGGCAAGGCGUUUCACCAUCAUUCAAGCCUUACUAAACAUCACAGAAUUCAUUCUGAAGAGAAACCUUACAAAUGUAAGGAAUGUGGCAGGGCCUUUACACAGUACUCGACCCUUACUCAACAUCACAGAAUUCAUACUGGCGAGAAACCUUACAAAUGUGAGGAAUGUGGCAAGACCUUUAAUAGGCCUUCAUAUCUUACUCAACAUCACAGAAUUCACACUGGAGAGAAGCCUUACAAAUGUAAGGAAUGUACCAAGUCCUUUCACCAUCAUUCAAGCCUUACUAAACAUAACAGAAUUCAUACUGAAGAGAAACCUUACAAAUGUGAAGAAUGUGGCAGGGCCUUUACACAGUACUCGACUCUUACUCAACAUCACAGAAUUCAUACUGGCGAGAAACCUCACAAAUGUGGGGAAUGUGGCAAGACCUUUACUAGGCAUUCACAUCUUACUCAACAUCACAGAAUUCAUACUGGCGAGAAACCUCACAAAUGUGAGGAAUGUGGCAAAACCUUUGCUAGGCAUUCACAUCUUACUCAACAUCACAGAAUUCAUACUGGUGAGAAACCUCACAAAUGUGGGGAAUGUGGCAAGACCUUUACUAGGCAUUCAUAUCUUACUCAACAUCACAGAAUUCAUACUGGCGAGAAACCUCACAAAUGUGGGGAAUGUGGCAAAACCUUUACUAGGCAUUCAUAUCUUACCCAACAUCAUAGAAUUCAUACUAAAGAGAAACCUUACAAAUGUAAAGAAUGUGGGAAGGUCUUUAGCCACCACUCAAGCCUUAGUCAUCAUCACAGAAUUCAUACUGGAGAGAAACUGUAAAUGUAAAAAAUGUGGCAAGGCCUUUAACCAGCACUCAAGUCUUACUUAACAUCAUAGAAUUCAUACUGGAGAGAAACCUUACUAAUAAAAAGAAUGUGGUCAAGCCUUUACCCAGCACUAACACCUUACUAGUCAUCACAGAAUUCACACUAGAGAAAAACCUUAACAAAUGUAAAGAAUGUGGUGAGGCCAUUUAAUCACUGUUCAACUUUUACUCAUUAUCAAAGAAGUCCUACUAGAGCAAGGCUGUAAGAUUUUUGGAUUGUGAGAGACUUUUUUUUAAGUUCUUUUAAGCUACAAGAAACUUAGCGGAAAAUUAUCAAUAUUCUUUUCUUUUAGAGUAGUUUAUCCUAACUGUAAGACAGAUUGCCCUGUAUCUAAAACUGUAUACAACGAAAUUAUAAAAUAUUCCUUGAUUUUACAAUGAUUAAUGAAAAACCUAAAAAUUCUCCAAUCCAACUGUGGAGGCCGAGAAAAUUAAGGCCAUUCCACCUUAAGUCCAACGUUAGCACAACUACAGCCAUCUCAGGCCCCUGUGAAUAAGAGCUGAAUUUUACCUUAUUUCAGUUACAGUUAAAAACAGCUUACAGCUUAACGCCCUAGAAAGUCCCAUAUCAGAAUGAGAACAGAGCUUAAUGCCUUUGAAAGCCACAUAUCAGAAUGUAAACAGAACUUGAGAAAUUCCUGCACCCCUUCUGGAUGUCGCCUAGACCACUCCAUAAUACUAAGCUGGAACCCACCUCAGGGUCCAAGUCCCAGUGCCGCUGUCGAGUACACUUGACCCAAGCUCAACCUUCUAAAUAAACCUGCAUGUGUUUGGUUAAGUGUCGGCUCCUUGGUGGUUUCUCGGAUACGUAAUCUUGGGGACAAUAUUAACAAGGUAUGCACUGAUUUUUAUGUUCUUUUAUUGUUGUCAAACUGAGAGCAAAAUAACUCAUGGAAUAUAACAAUAAGAGCUGAAUAAUCACAGAAUUAAUGGAAAAGAAUAGUUUCACAGAACCACUUCUUCCCCUCAUCCUAUCACCUCUUGAUGUUGAUCAAACUGUACCAUUGGCCAUUUCUUUUUGUUUCUUUUUUUUAAAGCAAAUGAUUGUGCAGAGACACAGUUAUCUUAUGUCCAAUAGAGGAAUGGGGAAGGAAAAAAUGAAAGAACAGAGGAAACCCCUUCUUGGUCCGGAGGAGCAGAGUUGUAAAGUAACAGGUUCCCUUUCUACUAGACACCUCUCUCGUGCUGGAACCCAUCAGUUGUAUCUUUCUCCUCCGUUUUGGAGCUGUGCAGGUGUGUCUUUUUCCUUUAUUGGAUGCACAUCAAAUCUUGUGACCUAUUGCAUUGACAAACCUUACUGUUCACAAUAGUUUUUCAUUAGUUUAUUACAUGCGGUAUACGCUUCUUCAUCUUUAACUGGACUACAAAGCAAACCUGCCCCAUCACCUUCAAAUUAAUAUGAUCAUUGUUCUCAGUCUUGAUUCCUUCUUUGGGUUUUUCUUUGGCCAUUGAGAGUGCCAGAAUCUCCUCGGCUGCCUCUUCACAGAAGUACCAGGUCCCCAACGACAGCACACAAGUAGCAGCAGGACUGUCAGAAGAAGCAACUAUGAGAGGAUUUGUAAGUACUGCUCAACUCUUAUCCACAUUAGUUAAUUCAUAAGAGAGAGUAAUGAAAUACGUGUAAAGAAUGUGGCAAGGCCUUUCAACAACGGAAAACUGUGAUUCCUCAUCAGAAAAUGUAUAGCGGAGAGGAUUUUACAAAUACCACAGAUUUGGCAAGCACACUAACCAGUACUCAAGCCUUAAAAUCUGAGGAAAAUCAUUACAACAUCAUUACAUCUAGAUAAACUUAUAGAUAGAACUCUGGACUUACUCAACGUCAUAGCUAUCAUACAGGAUAGAAACCAUAAAGUGUAAAAGUUGCAGUUCCUUUAACUGGAAUUCAGUCCUGAAUCAAUAUCCCGAAAUGCGUACUAGAUUCAAAGCCUACAAAGAGAUGAAUGAGGAAAGACCUAGUUUUUAUAUAUAGACUUUAGAAAACAUCAGAGAUUACAGAAAGGAAAGUAAGUUGAAAGACAUAAAUAUUUAGAAAUGUACUUAUUGCACAUCAAAUGUCAAUAAAUGUCACAAAUCAAUAGAAAGCAGUAUAUAAGUUACCCUUUUUAGACAGUACUCUACAUCAAAUACUUACAAGGAAUAGUACAAAGUUAAACGUGAGGAUAAUGUAUUAUGCUUCAAAAGAUACAAGGGAUGGAUUUUUGCAAAGGUAUAAUUUCGAUGUGCUUGUUUUACACUGACCCUGUGUGAGAUUGGUGACUAGUACAUAUUAAUGCAUUUUGUACUUUAGAAAAUUCAUGGAUGCCUAGUUGGUAUAUGAAAUUAUAUGGCUGACUUGCUGCAUCAAAGAUGAGAUGCCCUUCUUCCUUAGGUGGGUCUCAUGCAGACCUAUUUCCCAUUGAAGAUGAACAACAUGAUUUAGAAUAUAUGAAGAAGAUCUAAAUGCAGAUGCUGUUCAUGGUUAUAACAUUAAUGUAAGUUACCAUGAAAUAAGUUUUCAGAAUAUCAUUCUCCAUUAAAACUAAAAAACUUUGUGGAUAGUUUAAAUAAAAUGGUUUGCUAGUUGGUCUUUAAGGACAAAGAGGUGGCAGUCCUAUAAAAUACUGACGAAUCUUGAUAAUAGCAAUGGUUAUAAGUUGAAUUCUCAACAUCAGGUGGUGUGGUUCCAAUGAGGAAAUCAGCACAGAUACCACAAAGGGAGUAGAGAAGGCUUCCGUACGAUGGCAUACAAAUGGAAAUUCAUAUUUCUUAAGAGUUCUCUCAAGCCUGAAAAAGUUUUAUAUGGAAAUUAAGCGGUUAAGAAGUUAAAAUCAACUGUUAAAAGAGGUCUUUCUUUAAGCCUCUUGGUAACCAGAGGUUAAAAACCUGUAGUCAAUACAUAAUAGAUAGGGAGAAAAUAAUGGAAGUAUACACCCACAGAAAAUCACCAAAUCACAAAGAUAAAUAGCAAAUGAAGAAGAGAGCAAAUAUUUCUAAAACAGACAGGAAACGAAAGAAUGACAACAGUAACUCCAUACUUUAAUCUCUACUUACUUUAAAUAUAAAGGGACUAAAUUCUGCAAUUAAAAGUUAUACCUGAAUGGAAAGAAAUAGAAGACCCAAGUAUAUUUUCCUUCAGCCUUAAGAACACAGAAAGUGCAAGUGUGAAAAAAGAUAUACCAUGCAAAUAAUAACCAGAUGAAAUGAGGAUGGGUAUGCUUACAUCGAUCAAAGUAGACUUUAAGUCAAAGACUAGUAAGACACUGCACGGGUCAUUAUAAAAUAAAGGGGUUACAUUGUGCAGUGUUUUUUUUUAAUUUUUUAAAAAUUUUAUUUAUGAUAGUCACAGAGAGAGAGAGAGGCAGAGACACAGGCAGAGGGAGAAGUAGGCUCCAUGCACGGAGCCCGACGUGGGAUUCAAUCCCGGGUCUCCAGGAUCGCGCCCUGGGCCAAAGGCAGGCGCUAAACCACCACACCACCCAGGGAUAACCUGUGCAGUGUUUUUAAUUAUGGUGCAUUUGGGAAAAAAAGAUUUCCCCUAUUCUAGUUUUGGUAGGACUCAAACAGUGUGUUUAUAACUCAUGUAAUGCCCCUAUGAAAAACAAUGUACUUUCCCAUGAAUUUUGGUGGUGUUUUUCCAGGUACAUCAAUUAUAGCUUAUGUAAUGUUUAUGAACAUCUAUAUCUCCUGUGUCCCCUAAGUGCUAGUCAAUAUUCAAAAACCUACUCCUGUGCUUCAAGGUUGGGAAAAAGAGAACACUAAAUGACAAUUGGAGAAGGAGUUACUGCUUCCAGAUUUUGAUGUGUGUGGAAAAAUAUUGUUGCAAUGAUAAUCUUGGUAAUUACUGAAAGAAGUAGCCAAUGAUUCAUUGAAACCAACUAGUAUGAGCUAAUCAAUCUUUUCCCUACAGUAGUCAGUUUUCUAAUCUCUGGCUAUUAUACAUUGCAGAUUUUUUCACAUAUAAUUUAAUUUACAUUGUUCUGUGCUAUUUAAAGUCUCCAAAUAACUUACUUGUCCUUUCAGGUAGGUUAUCAUAAUACCCCUUUGUAAGAUUCCUGAUAUUAUUCCUGGGCAGCUAUUCUUUAUAUACAAUGCAAAUGACAGGCUUUGUAUGGGUCACCUUUACAGUGCUUCUGAUUGUGGCUUUAGUUCAACUUGGAUUCUUUCUGAAAUGUAUGUCUUCACUUAAGGAAACCUUACAUUAUGCUUUGAUUUUUAGACUAACUACAUUACAUGUGACUAAAGGUUUUAUACACUAUAUGUGCAUUUAUUGAAUAUAAAACAUUUACUCAUUUAUUGUUGGCAAAAGCUGGCUAAGCACAUGUACCUAUGAGUUUGUAUUAAAGCUGUAGGUUUGUGUAUUUAUUUAGUGUCUGUAUUAAGAGGACAUUUACUUCUGAUUAUUGCUUUUUUGCUCCUUGAGCUACAUAAUAGUUUUGUGUGUACAUUGUGGUGUCAAUUUGGUCAAAGUUUGGAUUCAUAGGAGUCACCUACUUUUAAAAACGAAUUUUAUUUGAUACGUAGUAAUCUUUCACAGUUUUUCAAAUCAAUAUACCCUACUUUCCCUGAAUAAAAUAAAAUGAAGGAGUUAUUUCGACAAAAGGAUGUAAUCUUUAGAAUACUUAUGUACUCAACAUAAAAGUACCCAAAUAUAUAAGCAACAAUGAACAGACAAGAACAGAAAAAGAGACAGCAGUACAAUAGCAGGGUACUUCAAUUGUGCACCUUCAAUAUGGGACAAAAUAAUCAAUAAGGAAGUACCAGACUUCAAUGAUAUUUAGCAGAUUGACUUACAACGUUCCACCAACAGCAAAAAACACAUUUUUCUCACAUGCACAAGGAACAUUCUCCAAUAUAGAUUUUAUAUUGGGCCACAAAACAAGUCUUAAUAAAUUUGAUUGAAAUCGUAUCAGGCAUCUUUUCCUACAAUAGUGCCAUGAAAGGAAGUCAGGUACAAGUACAAAACUAGAAAACUAUAAACAUGUGAAAAAUAGAGACCAUGCAGUAGCAUUACUCCUAAUAGCCAGGACCUGGAAAUAACUUGUGUCUCUUGUCAGAUGAGUAGAUAAUCUGGUGUAUAUAUUUAAUAUAUGUUGGCUAUAAUUAACAAUAUAUAAUAGUUAAAUUGUACACUUUUAAACUUAUAUAAUGUCAUGUCAAUAGUCAGUGUAGAAAAUUGGAAAAAGUAAGCAGAUUACUAAUUAGAUAUGAGGAAAUGAAUAUGAGAGUGGUGACAGCUAAAGAGUAUGACGUUUCUUAUGAGGUAAUGAGAUGUUCUAGGAUUGACAAUGGUUUGCUUAUACCUACAUGUGACUUGGUUAAAAAGCUAUCAAGUGUACACAUUAGGUUGAUAAAUUAUGUGGCAUGUAAGUUUUUUUGGUUUUUAUCUUUAAAGAUUUAUUUAUUUAUUUUUGAUAGACAGAGAGAGAGA